CAAGCUCUCCUCGUCUCCGAUCGCAGGAGUUCUCGACCCUCGCAAAAGCCAUCGGUCGCAUCCCCAAGGCUGCAGUAAUCUUACCCGUGGCUUGGCUUACACUCCUUUCUGCCACUGCUUUUUGUCUUCAUUUUCUGCUACUUUGACUUUCAUUCUUUGCGCUUGGGUUGUGCUUCUCAACUCCGUCGGUCACUGUCGGCGCACUCUCCGAAUGCUUGGCUGAGGUAGUCAUCCACCGAACCCGACCCAGCAUCCACUUCUGCCUCCCCCAUUGUGCAUCCAUUCCUCCACCCAAUUCCAACUCGACAUUAUACAUCCGCCGACAACCUCACAAGAUCAAAAUCAGGCAUUGGCGUUCUUAUUCCGAGGGAGCAAGCAGCUCCUCAUCCGUCGUCAAUAUGAUCUCUGAUAAGUAUGUCCUACUCACUCUGGCCUGGUGGCCAUUGUCCAGCACAGUCUUCUGAUGUGCUGGUGCUUUGCAGAUAUGUUGGCCUUAUUCUGGCCAUUGUGUCAACAAUGGCAAUUGGUACAAGUUUCGUCAUCACGAAGAAGGGCUUAAUGCAGGCUUCGGAAAGACAUGGUUUUGAAGGAGAAGGCUUUUCAUAUUUGAAAAGUCCUAUAUGGUGGGGUGGAGUCAUUACUUUGGCAAUGGGUGAAAUUGCGAACUUUGCGGCCUAUGCUUUCGCGCCUGCCAUCCUGGUUACGCCUUUGGGUGCGCUGAGUGUCCUUAUCGGUGCUGUCCUCGGCUCUUAUUUUCUCAAGGAACGAUUAGGGGUUCUAGGUAAAUUGGGGUGCGCCAUGUGCCUGCUUGGCUCAGUUGUGAUUGUCCUCCAUGCGCCCCCAGACAAACCAGUUGAAAGAAUCGAUGAAAUCUUGAGCUAUGCGCUGCAACCAGGCUUCCUCAUCUACUGCCUCGCUGUCGCAAUUUUCUCCACCGUCAUGAUCUACCGAGUUGCGCCCGUUUACGGCAAGAAGAAUCCGUUGAUUUACAUCUCGAUCUGUUCCACCGUUGGUUCUGUUUCGGUCAUGUCGGUCAAGGCAUUCGGCAUUGCGGUGAAGCUGACACUUGGAGGAAACAACCAAUUCACUCAGGCAUCGACAUAUGUGUUCAUGAUUGUCACAGGCUUCUGUAUCUUGACACAAAUGAACUACUUCAACAAAGCACUUAAUCAGUUCUCCACGUCGAUUGUCAAUCCGCUAUAUUAUGUCACGUUUACGACCGCUACGCUAUGUGCUUCAUUCAUUCUAUUCAAGGGCUUUAACACUAGCGAUGCUGUGAACACUAUUUCGUUGCUUUGCGGCUUCCUAACUAUCUUUGCCGGUGUUUACCUGCUGAACCUUUCUCGACAUGAUCCAGACGGGCGGCAGAUGCUUAAUUACAAGCUUGACGAUGAAGGAGUUCCCACGGAUGGGAUUGCUGGCUUCCAAACGCGACGGUCUAUGCAAUCUCGCCGCAGUAACGAGCCGCAUCGUCGAAGUUCUUCGAGUUUCGCGUAUAUGAACGGGAAUGCAGAUCGCGAAGGACUGAUUCGCGCCUAUGAUGUCGAGAACCAGGCUUUCGGCUUAUCUGAGUUGAACGAAGAGAGCGACGGGGAGCCAGGCCCUACUUUUCCACGAAGCGAGGAGCUCAACCGUACCUCUCAGCGACCCGAUAAGCACGAAACGCUAUAGUAUGAUAUGAUGUUCGCAGUUGAUCAUUUCCUUUCCCUAUCGCUUUUGGCUGUCCUUGCUUCUCGCCUUCUAUUUAUGACCAAGACUAUUUUAGUCACGCUUAUAUCGCUUU